AAAAGAUCCCUUAUCAUUUAAAGUUCAAAGACACUUCCAUGGUUCCACCACCCCUUGUAAGUUUUGGCACCGAAAAUACCAUAAAAUGCAGAACCGCCAUUGAGACUCGCUCUGUUCUCUGAGUGAUGUCUCGAGGACUCCACUUCGUUUCUAACAAUAUUCCAGGAUAUGGACUGUUUGAAGAAAAAUGUCUUCCCUGCUUGGGAGUUUCUGGAAAAGCCACCAGUGCAUCAUCUUACUCCUGUCUUGGUGAUUACAAAUAUUCUACACAGUUCAAGGUCCUACGAAUAAAAAUCCCAGCCUUCGCUUCCAAAGGAACAUCUCUUACAUGUUGUGCAAGCUCUGGCAGUCAAAGAAGAAACCCAGACUUCUCAAGGCAGAGCAAACAUGGGUUGUCCAGAGGGCGUAACAGGCAAAACCAAGACAAUGCUGACAACAUGGAAGAAUCUGAACUGUUAUCUUCCAAAAAUGGGCCACUGCUCUCCCUCUCCAGUAGCCCAAGGUUUCAGGCUACUACCGCUACCCCAGGCCCACGAGAGAAGGAGAUUGUACAAUUGUUUAGGAAGGUCCAGGCUCAACUUCGAGAACGAGCAGCUAUCAAAGAAGAAAAAAAGAAUGAAGCCUUUCGAGGACAAGGUAAAGAGAGUGAUACAGUUGAUUCACUUCUGAAACUCUUACGGAAACACUCAGUUGAACAGGGGAAGAAAAGUAGUAGUGGCAGCAAGGACUUCAAUUUGGAGCAACCAGGCCAAAACAGCAUGUAUGAUGAAGAGCAGAAUUCGAGCGUUUUUGGUUCAAAUAGCAUUGCUGGGUAUGAAGAGGGAGAGUCCAGCGUCCGUCCCUUUAUGAGGCCGGCUUCAAACUUCCAGCGGAGAUCUCCUGUUCCUAGAGUAAAGUACCAACCUGUUUAUUCAGCGAAACCUAGUAUCGUAUUGGAGUCGCCUUCUAAGUCACAGUGGAAGAGAAGGAAAAGCGUUGUUGAGCCCGACUCUGAGCCGGAGCUGGAGCCUGAGCCUGAGCCUGAGCUUGAGACUGAAUCUGAGCAGGCUUCUCAUCCUGAGCUAGAAACAAUAUUUUCAGAUGGGCAAGAAGAAGUACUUGAUGUGAUGUCUGAGUCUGAGUCUGAGCCUGAGCCUCUUGAUGCUGAAGAAGCUUAUGCUGAGAUUUUGGAGGAGCCGCUGAAUGAAAACAAAAACUUGAGUGUGUUAAAGCUGUCAGAAUUGAGGUCGCUUGCAAAGUCUCGUGGGGUGAAAGGGUACUCUAAGCUGAAAAAGGGUCAUCUCAUUGAGCUACUUAGUGGAGAAUAGGUUUGACAGUGGAAUAUGAG